UAAUUCCGGUCGGCCAUUUUGUUGGCCAGGUGUCGGUCUUUUCAAAACGAAAAACAACGUUUUUAUCUGUCAGAACUUUUAUUUAUCUACUUAUUGCUGCUUCAAGGAGUGCCCUGAAUCAUUUGGUACCUUGCACGAGGUUUGAAGACGGUGGAUUUUCGCAUUUCUAAGCGAAAGCCAGUCUUGGCUGCAUUCACGUGUUCAGGUGAGCUUUCGAAAGCCGGUCUGUUGUUACUACUGCUGUGUAUUUUGUAGCAUUUUGCAUGCUUGUUUUUAAAAUCGAGUGACGUAUUGUUUGCUGUCGUUAAUCUUUGUUCCUAUAGCAGCAUAUCAUGCACUGUAUGUUCAGAGGGGAAUUCAAGCCAAAAAUUUACUUAUAAUAUAUACAGUCUGUUUGGUUUCUCACAAUUCGAUGCUUUCUGAGACAGACAGAUCUAAGUUUGGGGAAACAUAGAGGCUGGGUGAAAGUGGGGAGUCACUGUAUUAAAAAGAUCAGCCAUUAACUGCUUUGUUACCCAGCCACAAAAAAAUACAAAAAUAUUAAACAAAGGAAAUUAAUAGCUGAUUUGCAUCCUGUAAAGAAUACAUACUGUAUCAUCUUAAAACCACUUGAUCAGCAAUAAUUUCUAGGGAACCUGCAACAGUUUAACAAUAGUGAGUUUAAACAACUACAAUAGUGACAACAGUGAUGGCAACUGUAUAAACAAUAGGUGUGAAAAGUAAAACCCUGCAUUUUUCCUGCUAAACAGCGUUAGAGAGAUUUAGAGUCAUGUUUACGGCAAAUGUCAAAUGUGAAUUUCUGCCACAUGACCAAGUUUACCCGUCACAUGUCUUCAACUGUUCUUUACUUGAACAAAAAAAUAAGUGCCGUAUAUUUUCGGUUAUAAGGCACACUCAGUUAUAAGAUGCUCCCCAAACUUUUCAGUGCGAUUUUUCUAAGUUGACAAACUGAAAAUUAAACCAAAAUACCAGGCUAUAAUGUGCAGCCAUGAUUUUGGUGAUGUUCACCUUAACUACAACAGCAUGCUUUCAAACAAUGCUGAUUACACAGUGUGCAAAGAAAGUGGUGUCCGACAGCCCGGGGCUAGUGGAUUUUGCUAUUGGGCUAGUGAAUUCUGUUUUCAACUUGCCCGACGGGCAAGUGAUCUUUUUUGAGGAAUUCGAAAAACAGAAGAACUGUGAGAUCAAUUCUGCUGUUCAAAAAGCUUUUGGGCUAGUUGAAAUGACGUCUGGGCUAGUAAAUGUUAGCUUCAGCUUGCCCGAAUGGCAAGCUGUAAAAAUGAUUUUCUUUGCAACCUGUUACAGCCAUUCACCUAUGUGAUCAAAAGCGAAAAAGGUUACAUGUUUCGAUCAAAAGCGAAAAAAAAACACACCUAUCAACACAAACGGCAUUGUUUUAUUAAGUUGCGAAUACUUAGGGAAUCUGUUUUUGGUUAAUAAACAAGUCAGGUGUCUUGGUUGUGGCAUACUGACAUCGGUACAUACAUUGGUAGUAUUAAGAGAAAAUUGAUCGUAUAAUACAUGACUCUGAACAAUUUUUUUUGUUAACUGCCAAACCCGUAAGAUUAGGCCCUUGUUUAUCAAAAUAACUGAGAUAAAAGAGCUCUCACAGUUCUGUUAACAGAUUUGGGAGCUUUCUUUGGGAAAUAAAGGUCUGAAACAAGUGGAAGAUUCCAGUGUAGAAAUUACUGUAAACAAAUUUGACUCGAUUUUGUGUUGUUGCCCGAAGAUACUUGGUUAUAAGACGUACCCCAAAAUUACAACAGAUUUUAUAGAGCUACAUGUAUCAAGCAAACUUUCAUUGAAAAAAUGCUGCGCCUUAUUUAAAGCAAAAAAAUAUGGUAGUUUCACAUUAUAUUCAUCCAUAAGAAUAAAUUGUUUUAGACUGUUUUUAUCUGCUCAUUUUCUGUUUUAAGAAAUUCUCAACUUGGGUCUGCCAUUUGCCAGUUGCCAUAAAUGUGAAUCUAAAUCUAUCUAUUGUUGAGUUAUCUGAUUGAAGGCAGGGUGCAAAGAAAAUCAUUUUUACAGCUUGCCAUUCGGGCAAGCUGAAGCUAACAUUUACUAGCCCAGAUGUCAUUGUAACUAACCCCAAAAGCUUUUUGAAGAGCAGAAUUAAUUUCACCGUUCUUCUGUUAUUCAGUUUCCUCAAAAAAGAUCACUUGCCUGUUGGGCAAGUUAAUAACAGAAUUCACUAGCCCGAUAGCAAAUUCUACUAGCCCCGGUUUAUCGGACACUACUUUCUUUGCAUGCUGGUGAAGGCUUUACCUGUAUCUUGAACUUAUGAUGAUUUCUUUCCCUCUCUCUCCACGCCAGUCUUUGUUUUCACUAAUAUACUUAUUGCCUCAGUUAGACUGCUUUGUCCACUGAUUUGUUUCAAUGGUGCAAUAGAGAGAGAGUCCAUCAUUCAUAAAAGAUGCCAAUCUUGUCUUGGAGCCUCAUGUGUAAUCAAAAUAUACCGAAAAGCAAACAAAACAAAAAAACUCUCAACAAUCUACUUUGAAUGAACUGGCAAUUGCAUGCUAAGAUAUAAACAAUUAUGAUCCAAAAGAAAAGUCUGCCUUAAAUGAUUUGUUCAGAAGGCCAUAGAUUUUUUCAGGUGCUUUGACUACCAGACUAUUUUACUCUUUUGAGUAACUAUAAAACAAGCUACUAUGAUGUUAAUAAAUAAAGUCGUUGUUUUGUUUAUUAAGCCAAGUUUAGAUCUUACAUGUAGUAUCAUUUGGAAACUGUUUCAACUGCAGUAUUGUUGAUUAUUUUCCAGGCUUUUAGUUUGCUCUUUCAUCCUGGACUUCUGAUGCGAAGAAGGGGAGGACCUCCGCCAAGGGGACAUUUUGACGGGCCAUACCCUCCGCGACCACCGCCGGAUUAUUAUGAUGGCUUUGGACCACCUCCAUCUCCACCAUGGGAACGCCGAGACCCUUAUGGUUACCCUCCAUCGCCACCACCACCUCCUCCUGGACCACCCCGAGGUUGGUAUGAUCGACCGUUAACUCCACCACCUCCGUGGCUCAGAGAUGAUGAUCUGCCUCCUCCUCCCCCUCCAAGACGCCCUCCACCAUCAUCAUUUGCUGAUGACGAUUUUUAUCCCCCUCCACCUCCAUUUCGUUCUAAUGGUCCACCCAGGGGAAGAGGAAGAGGAGAGGGGCGAGGUGGCAGCCAAGGGCGAGGUAGGGGUGAUGCCUUAACCUCACGUGGGGGAAGUCAAGGAAGGGGUUCUGCUACUAGAGGAGGAAGUAAUAGCAGGGGAACAAGAGGAGCUGCUAGUUCACGUGGAUCGUCAAGUGGCAGAGGGGGAUUUAGAGGAGGAAAUAAUUCAUCCAGGGGUACUCCUGGUAGAGGGGCAGCUAGAGGGACAAGUUCAGUGCGCGGUAUGGCAAAUGGAAGAGGCGGAAAUGCUUCAAACAGUGGAACAGCCACGUGGUUGAAUAAAGCAAGAGGUGAUGCUCAAACAGGAAAUGUUGGAAACAGCAGCAACCAGUCUGUUGUCCAAACUGAGAACACACCACAAACUACUAAUGCGACAAAGACUGCAAACAUGAAUAAUUACCAAAGUUAUUCUAUGUUAAAUAAGGCCAAAAAGGAGCAAAAGAAAGUAGAGAACACUGUGCUGAAAGGUGGGUAAUAGUGCAACAUGUGAAUGUUUUAGAGUUCUUGUUAUGUGUUAGAAUAAGCACAAGUAUACUCCUUAAGUGUAUGUGUCACAGGUCAAAAUUAAAUCCCAGUUAAAUUUUCUUAAUCUAUGUUGAUUCUCAGUUUUCUUUGUCGCCUAGCCCUAAUUCAUGAAUAAUAAUACAAGUAGGGCUAUGAGACAAAGGAAGGUGAGAAUCAAUGCAUGUUACGAAAUUUUAACCUGAUAUUGAUUUCAACCUGUAACAUAUGCCACAACUGUACAGGGAUAUGUAAAGCUGUCUCUUACCAAAAUCCCAAGGAACUUUAAAGUUUUUGUCAGAAGUCUUGACUUGAAAGUGAGAUACAGUGUGCAAAGAAAGUCAUGCCCGAUAGCCCGUGGCUAGUGGAUUUUGCUAUCGGGCUUGUGGUUUGUGUUCUUAACUUGCCCAACGGGGAAAAUCAAAUUACAGAAGGAUUGUAAUCAAUCUUGCUAAUCAUAAAGGGUUUUGGGGCUAGUUGAAAUGCCUUGUAGGCUAGCACAUGCUAGCUACAGCUUGCCUGAAUGGCAGGCUAUAAAACUGAAUUUCUUUGCACCCUGGAGAUAUGACUUUGCAAGACCAUGAGACCAAAGGCUAAGACUUAAGUGUUUAAGGCUAGUUAAAGACUUAUUUUGGCAAGUAUAGAUUUAUCAAAUCAAUCACAAUUUUUCAUGGUCUGUAAUCUUAUCAACCAUAGAAAUGACAUCAGAAUGGUCAAUACUCAAGUGAACCAUGAGCUACAGGCCACGGGAAUUUUUUGUUGAUUUGGUUUUUACGAUAACAUUGACAGUUUUUAAUGUUGUUUUCCAUCAACAUUUCUGGGAAAUUUAUGAGCACGACAAGGACAAAAACAAAUUGCGCCACCAUCACGUCAUUCCCAUGGUCUGUACUCUCAUCGAACAAAGCUCUCGACCAAUUAGCAUGCAAGAAGUUGUUCAGUUAUUGUAAAAUAAUAUUUUGUUACAUAAUUGUAGUUGUGGUUGUUGUGCUACCUCUUUAUAAUUUGAUAGGGGAGGUUUGAAUUCUACUUUUUUUCAAUAUCGCUUUCCAGCUGCUAUUCCUGGGCAGUUAAACUUCAUUUCAUUCAAGAACAGUCUUCAGGAAUGUUGUCAAAAACAGCAAUUACCAGUUCCUGCUUACAAGUCUUGGAAGUUCAGCUAUGGUUAUGCAGCCAAAGUGGAAGUAGCUGGAAACACUUUUAAAAGUACUGGAGUCCAAGGAGAUCAGAAAGAAGCACAGCAGAAUGCAGCGUACAAUGCCUUGGUAGGCCUUGGAUUGAUUGACUCCACAGUUCCAUUCGAUGUCAAAACUGCUGCAGGUACAUUGUAUAUUAUUUUUUCACUUUAGUACUUCAAACAUAGAAAGUGCACCACACGUAAUUUUUCUUGUCAUAAUCAUCAAAGUUCCUGAAUUUUGUUUGCUGAAUGAUUUUUUUUUGCUUAUAUCAACCCCUCAUUCUACUAGCCCAAGCCCAUUAUCGAGGUAAAAAUUCACUUUUAGUAGUUAGUCCUUAAGCACCAACAUCCACCUACAAAUUAUCCAAACUUAUCUUUAUACAUUUUCUCAAUAGACUACUUAAGAAAAUUCGAUAAGUAGGUUGAUUAUGAUCGUCCAGGUGAACAUAGUCCUAAAUAGGAGUAUCAUUGACAGUGACUAACGUUUCAACAACCUGUGCGGUAGUCAUCUUCAGAGUCAAAGUGAGUUGUAUCACAUCUGUUGAUGGUAUGAAACUUAUUGACCUGAUUGGUCGAUUAAGUCAUGAUGUUAUUGGUCAUCUGUCAGUUAAGCCAUGAUGUUAUUUGCUCGUGAAUUUAGUGAAAGAUCAAAGUAUUUUCUUUGUGGUGAUCAGUUUAUUAAUUCGCAUACAGUCAAAGCUCUCUUAAGUGACUACCUGGGAAAUUUGAAAAAGUGGUGGUAUCUAGAGCUGGUCGCUUAUGAGAAUGAGCUCUGGUAAGCUACCGCAUAUUGUUUUACAUGGUAAAACAGUACAGGGUUGUCGCUUACAAGAGCAUCAGAAACUCGUUCAUAAAGAAAAUUAAAAGCAAUUUAUGUUUAGACACAGCUUAUCUUUGCAUCCAAAUUUUUUAGAACAAAAUAACCCCAAAUACAGAACUGCACUCUGAUGCACUGUACAAGAUCUUAAUCAACAAACCAUUAGCACAGUGUGCAGUUUCAUGAAAGUGUUGAUUUAUAUUAAUAAGUACUCUAAGCAGUUGCUUUCGAGAGCUUAAAAACCAAGGAAAAGUCCAGUUGGGUAAUCCCAAAAGUGGUCGCGGUUGCUUACAGGAGCGGUCGCUUACAAGAGCUUUUCAUUACAAAGUUUAAGUCGCAGUUCAAUCGGGGUUUCACAAAGGUGGUGUUAACUGGAGCUGGUCGCUUGGAAGAGUGGUCACAAGGAGAACUUCGACUGUAUCCUUUUCUCUUGAAAAUGUAUGGAAAUUAGGAGAAAAUAAUAUUGAUGUUGGUCACUUUUGUUAAAUCCUUGUUUCUCUUGCAGCAAUUAAAAGACCCGCUGUAGACAACAGUGUUAUAGAAGAUGCAUCUGGCAAGCGGAUCAAAUUGGAGUCUUCUUCUCCCGUGGCCACCUCUUACAAGAGCAGAUUAAAUGAAUUCUGUCAGAAGUUUCGCCUUUCCCUUCCCUCCUACGACACUGUAAAAACGGAAACAGGAAAAGGCUUCAUCACAACUAUUGUGUUCAACAAGAAAGUUUAUCAAAGCAAUGGCCCACAGCCCACUAAGAAGCUGGCUGAACAGAAUGCUGCUCAAGUAGUUUUACACAUGUUGAACCAGUGUCCAGCACCCCCUCCUAACUGCCAGGAUUUUGUUGAACGUUGUAAGCAGCUGAGUUCACAAUCAGCGCAGUCCAGUUCUACGGGGACAUCUGCAUCGACUACUUCCUUAACAAGUAAGUUCUUGUUGUUUCUAAACCUGCAAGGCCUUUUAAGUGAGUAACAACGUAUCUUUAUAGAAUAUUAUCCAAAACAAUAUGAGGCCUGUAAAAACGAACAUAGUUACCUUAAAUGACCUGAUAAAUGCCCCAGGGCGUCUAUUUGAUUUUAGGGGUCCAAGCAGGGGCGAUUUACAAAUAGGAGGCAUUUGAAGACUCGUUUAUUCUCAUAACUGUAGCAAGCUCAACAAAACAAAUAUGCUUUCAGCAAAAAUAUCAAGAGAGUUUAAAAAAAGUGGAAUAGAGUUCAUGUGAUAGUUAGUUCUUGAUUAUUGUAGUUUGUAUGCAUUUGAAUUCAGUUGCCUGCUAGCCCACCGCAUUGGGAUUAGCUGCGGCAUUCAGUCUGCUGCCACACGGCCAUACUGCAGCUUAUACAACUUUGCAGAGUCUCAUUGUUUUCCUUCUACUUUGAAGAGAUUUUCAUCCUAGCUCAUCAAGUAGUGCUCCUACACUAGCCGUACGAUCAUAAUUCCUGUCAAUUUUAAAUUAAUGUUUUUUAAUCUCUUCAAGUAACGUUGAUCAGUUGAAUUGUGCAGCAUUGUUUCCUAAAGUACGGAUCUUGAAAAGUUAAUAAUCCUUUGAAAGCAUUAGAAUGUUGUGAUUUCUAUAUCUUGAUCCACAUAAAAUAAUAUAUUAUUGACCUUUAGAGGUUUCAUGGAAAUAUGUUUUAGUAUGCACCCGCGCCCCCUUCCCUCAUGGUAGCGAACAACCUGGAAAAUGUACUUUCCCUUUUUUGUUUAAAAGAAAACGAAUUUAGUAGCAAUUUUCAAUGCAACGAUUUGAAAUUUUCGAGGGUCACAGCUUAUGUGGCAGUCAAAUUCAAAACCGCCCAUCUGGCUACCGGGUAAACCCCUGAGCAUUUGACUUUUUGUAAAAUUUCGGUCAAAUUCCCCGUUAUGUUAGUUGAGUUAGAUGGUCAAAUGCCCCAGUCCCACUGGCUAGCGCUUCAAAAAGCGUCAAAUCCCCCACCCACCAGGUAUUAAAACGACUAUUCAAAAAUUGUUCUAUGCGUCCAACCGUUUAUUCAAAUGUACUACUAAACACAACCGAAAUAUCUUGAGUUUCGAAAAGCUUGCUCAUUUCAAUAAAAUUGUUCGCUCAGAAAGCCCACAUUUAACGGGCUUUUUCAAAGGCUCUCAAAUGCUCCAACAAGAUGGUGAAUAUUAUAAACUGACAAUAUAUCCGUAAACAAAUACAGUGAUUAAUCGUUUCUCGCUCUUCCUGAUACCGAAAUAAUUAUGAAACGUUGUUAAUCUGGGCAAGAAACAAACAUGGCUUGCUGUUCAUGUAGCACGGAAACCCUGCCAAUAGGUAUUUCUUAGCCUGCGUAGCAAGCGUUUCAGUUUGGUUUCGGAGCAAAAAAAGACCGAGAAAAGGGAAUUUUAGGUUUGGCCGCGCGAGAAAUGGAACGAGAGCCAAAAAAUGAAAGAGGGAGACGGGGAGGGAAAGGAAGCCUUUCCUUACCUUUCUUCCCCACUCCCUCCCUUUACUCCCUCCCCGCUCUUUCACUCGCGCCAUUUUUCGCGCGGUCUUUCAACAUCGUUCCUCGUUCUUAGCUCUGAAACUACAAGGAAACCCCGGGGGGGGGGCACUGGAAACGCUGCUACGCAGGCUAGGUAAUAACCGUAAUUCUCAUUGUACGUUUUUACUUAUUUAUAUUUGCCUUUUUACCGCUUCAGUUUCUCAUCUAGUUACAAAAAAUAAAAUGAAUGAAAGAAAUUUUUUUUCCUCACGAAAUCCUUUUGUUUUUCAACGGCCAACUAACGUUUUGACACGAAAGUCAAUGCUCGGAAUUUGCCUCCGGAAAGGGGAAAGGGCGGUUUUGGAAUUGAUGGUGCAUUAGAGAAAUACAAUUAUCCACUUUGGCCUGAAAAUAGUUUCAGGCCAAGUUAUGGCAAGAUUAUUUAUUUUAAAUCCGUGCAUGAAAUUCUAUGCUGUUACCAUUCAGCUAAACCCACUUUCGCAGGGAUGAACCUUUACUGAAUACGAGUUUUUUGAGGUUAUUUUUCUUUAUUUAGCCUCUGUUAGCAAUUGACAGGUUAAUAUUUGGGUCUGUUAUUUGUCAGAGUCAAGUUUUUAAUCGGGUUGACAACAUCCUUUCAUAAUUAUUGUCUGAAGCAGCGUCUAGACAGAGUGAUUUGUCUGAGUAUCGCAAGAUGUCUUAUGAAAGAGACCUUGUUUGGUCUAGAUUUUGCGAUCCCACUGUAUCGUCCGUGAAUGACUCCUGCUUGUUGUUUGUUUAACUUGGAGUAUCUCCUAUGUACCGGUAUUUCGCGGUGUCGACAGCGUGCGCCUUUCAGGGUUUGGAAUGCACUGUUUAUCACAGGUAUCGAACUGAGUAAGGGGGGUUUCUUGAACAGGAAGCGUGCUUAUUAUUAAAAGCCAAAGUAUUUAUAUCUUAGUUGUUAAUUUUAGUAAAUUAUGAAAGGUGUGAUUGUCGUCUGCAACAGCUUUGCAAGAGUUAUUUAUUUGGUUUUGCUCAUCCCUCUUAAAGUGUAAAGUGUAAGUGAAAAUAAUAUUUUAUUAUAUUCCCUGUCUAUUUGAGUCCCAGUUUCUAGAAUUCAAGCGUUCAGUGUUUCGAUGUAAGAUCCACAGUCCAAAAAAAAAUGUAAUGGAUUAGCUUAAGCCACUUUUCAACGCCUGAUCCUAUCAACAGUUUAUCCUGAACUACGAAUUCGCUGUUAUUGGAAGCUUGAGGGAGUAAGGCAUAGCGCAGAGCGGGCUUAGAAUGCAAGAGUGCCCUUUUCUCGUAGUUUCUAGUGUCCAUUAAACUGAGUAACAAUCUGAACGUCACUUCGACUUCUAUUCUACCACGUGUUUAAAUUUUUUGUGUGCGCCCUCCUUUGAGUGAAACUCUUUUACGGAUGAUCUUCCUCCUUAUCCCGGGGGAUGGACUCCGCAUAUGAAAGGGCGUUGGGAUGCUCGUCGUCUCGCUUAGAGGUGUAAAUUUCGAAUUUGGUCUCACUUAGGGUGUCCUGGGCAAAACACCAUCAUAUUUAGCCGUGAAGGUCUUGUUUAGGGUUGCACGUGAAAAAAAUAUAAAAAUAUUAUAGUCUGUGUUUUAACAUGGUCUCUUUUAGGGUCAAAAAAAGCUUGGGCCACGCUGAGAUCGGUCUCCUUGAGGGGUUUAAUUCAAAAUUUCCGACGAGCAACCCCACCCCUUUCAUAUGCGGAGUUCCCCCCGGGUUCCAUGUGCGGUUUUUCAAAACCACCAAUUUCCACACUCCCCCCCCCCACCUCCUGAAAAAAAAAAAUGAACGGCCCCUUACUUGUUUGAUAUAGGCUUAGUAUUGCAAACUAAAACAAUGUGAAUUUGUUUGAUCACUAAAGUGAAAUCCCGUCAAGAUGUAAAGAAAUCCAGUGAUUAAUAAUUGGUUUGUGUUUAUUUUCAGCGUCUGUAGCAGUGGCGCAGAUCCCUUUACCAUCGGCGCCAGCACCAGCAGCCGGACAAACACCUGCUUCUACAUCCCAAACGAAUCCUGCGUUGACAGUCCAAAGCACGGCAUCUGCCACAAUCACGCGUUUCUCUAGUCCAAUAGUCGAAAAGAUUACCACACCAAUGACGCAGCCAUCGGUAUCGGCAGCGACUGUCAUAGAAAAACCGACCACUGCCUUCACCUCACACAAGAACACAUUGCAAGAGUACUGCCAGAAGUCCAAGAUAGCCAUGCCUGUGUACUUCAGCCAUCGUGAAAACGGCGUAUUUACAUGCACCGUGCAUGUGGCAGGGGUAACCUACUCAAGUACCAGUUGCAAUACCAAAAAGGGAUCCGAACAGACCGCAGCGAGCGUGGCACUAAAGGCUUUGGGUCUAAUGUAGCCCUACUGGAUUUCUUACGGACUUUUAUGCGCGUUUGGUGUUGGACUCCGUGAGCAUUAAGGUAUGGAGAUUAUUAAACAAAUAUUAUUUUUUAUUUUUACUCGACUGGAUUGAACGCAGUCCAGAUGAGUUUGUGGAGCGCGCUGAAAAAUGUUUAAAGUAUGAAAACGUAACAUCAACAUUGUUCCUACAAUCCGUGAGGUGUGGCUCAUUUAGAUUUUGCGAUAACUUUUGGCAUUCGACGUGAUAUUUGAUAUCACGCUUUUCCUCAUAUUUCGUAAAACUUAUGUGGACGUUUCCUUGUGCCAAAGGAGGUAGCUCUCUCAAGUUUGGCGCCGGUACGAGGGGCUGUCUGUUUUAAAACAAACGUUUUUUUUACAAAAGAACCUUUUGUCGUUUCGAAGGGGAGACUCUUUCGUUUAGGCAGUAUUUACGGAAAUAAAAUUGCUUUUAGAAAAGUUGGCAGUUGGACAUAGAAGUCUUUACAAUGGUUUCUGGAUUUCAGAAUCUCGUGUCAAAGUAGUAGGAUUCUGUGUUACUUUUUAAAGUUCCCCUAUGAAAAAAUUAAAAUGAUUUUUAUUUGUAAACGGGGUAGUUCUCGCCUCCAGAAUCCCCUUAAUGAACUGAGCACCUUUCAGCGUGAUUUUCUUGGGUCGUCUGUGGAACCAGUAUGAUUGAUGAUCGGUUAAAGAUAAAUUUGCCUUUGCUGAAACGACCUCAGAAUUUUAGUGCCCUGAAAGCUGGUCACAACCUCCAAAGUUAGAGCUUCUGGAGCGGCCAAUUCAGUAUUCAAUUAGGUGAAUAACUGGACUUGUGAUUCAGUUGUUCAAUGUGACAAUGUUUAAAGCGAAUGCCGAGCUGGCCAACAGUAGAUUGCAGUUUUUUAAAUCUUACUUUGAGCUCCCGUUUUUCGAAUUUCGAGUAUGUCGACUAACAGUUAAAAGGACAUGAAAAGAAAGAUUUAACAUUUACUUCACUAUAACUUGAUUAACUGACCUAAAGGAGAGAAAGGCAGUGAAUAUUUCAAGUCAACGUUUUGGUUAGGUUCUUGUGAUAUCGGAAAUAAUCAAGGUACUGGUAAGUGUUAUCAGUCUAUGCCGAUAACAACCACCUUUACCUUGAUUAUUCCGGAUAGGAUAUCACGAAAACCAAAUCUAAUAAUGAUUUUAUUACGCAUUGUUUGAAGAAAAUUGCGACGAAAACACCUUCGCAUGGAACACAUUUUGAAAUUGUUCUAAAAAAUCAUGCAUUGCGCGCGCAACCUACAGAUUACAUUGUAGUCAGUUAUCUGCUAGCAGAUAGCUGUAGUUUAUCUGUAGUUUGCGCUGAUUUCAAAAAUAACUGUAAGCUGUUAGCCAAUGAAACGACAGAUAGCGAGUGCAAUGUAUAAUAUUAUGUCCAAUCAAACUACUUCAUCUUCAUUUGAACGAUCGUAAUAUGGGUAGUUUUAAAUUGCUGUAAGGAAAAAAAAAAUUAAUAAUCAUAUAAAUUGGCCAAAAUUGAUCCAUCCGUUGAACUAGUCGUUUGUCAAGAGGUGGUUUACUGAGCCCAGUUUUAAAGUUUUACGAACUGGAAACUGAAGAAAAGUAGUUCUUAAUCUAAGCACAGAGUAAAAGACGUGAUCUUCCCACAGGAAAUAAAUCUUCUCCGUGUUUUGUCUAUAAGGAUAUAACACUCCUGAAAGCACGUUAUUCUGUAAUUACUAAUGAAACUCCCCUCCAAAAGUUAUGAAAAUACAGCAUUGUUAGCCGCCUUGUUGCAUGCUGCUUAUCCCGCAAAGCAGGCGCUUUUUUGACGUUCUCUGGCGAGCGCGAGACCUGCGCCCGUCGUGCGCGUCUCGCGCUCCACAUUGCUUCGUGGUCGCCUGAAAACGCGAAAAAAGUACCGCCGGUUUUACAGGCAAGAUUCUGCUCAGGAGCUUGGCCUCUUGGUGUUACGUCAUUCUGCACAGCUGGAACAUGGCGGGAAGUUGCUAAAAGGUAACCCUCAGUAAGACAGUGAGUUGAACAGGUAGGCUUGUUUUUCGGAACAAUUGUUUGGUAAACGCUCCUUCGUAGUUGCGUCCCACCGAUUCACACGUUGGACGGAAUGAUGUCACAUUCGGAGGUUAGGCUGCCAAGCAAAAAAACAAAACAAAACAAAACAAUUACGCCAAUCGGAUAGGCUUACUAAACGAAGUAAACGGGCAGUAUUUCAACAUCGCAUCUUCAGUUUUUUAGUGUGUCAUAACAUGCACUUACAUAAUGCCCUAUCCGGAUUGACAAAACAGUGAAGUGAUUGAUUUAUCUCUUGUUAGUUCUUCAUGUCUUCUUGCAAUCAAAAUCGCCUUUCCAAGCAGCAAAAUUUUGAAAAUUGCUAUAGUGUUCCCAGUCCCAUAUUUUUCUGUAAGAUCGUGGAGAUCGAAGACUUUGCGUUACUGGUGGCCAUUUUGGAUGAGGGUCAAAUCUACUUAGCCUGCCCCCCUCGGUACAUAUGAAACCAAGAUGGCCGCCCGUACCGGUCAGUGCUCGAUCCUGGCGAUCAAACGAGAAAAUAGGGGACUGGGAACAGUCUAGAAAAUUGCUGCAUCAUGUAAAAAGUGUCGUCCUAGUUAAAGCAAUUGCUAUAUGUCUUGUGUCCUCUCAUUUGUUGAUGAUGUUCGCGUAAUUAUAUCGUUGUUAACCGAUUUACACUUUGAUAAAAUAGCUUUAGGCCUUCCUCCUCAGACACUCGUUUAGUUUGUGGAGAUGAAAAACUGCUGAGCAAAGUGUGGAGUACAGCGUCUCUUCGUUGUCUUCAGUCACUUUUUUCAGCGGACUCUCCUCAAACUCCGAGUCUCGGCGGAGGAGUGUUACAAGUUACAUUUGCACAAAGUAGAGAUAAAGUUGUGUUUGUGCUAAAUUACCGUAUCUCUCGUGAUGAAGAAUACGUUAAAUAUUUGUUCGGAAGAAUGUUGUAACUUGUAAGUAGCUUACGUCGUUGAAAUAAAUUAUCAGUUCAGAAAUAAAGCAGUG